AUCACCUACAAAAUCAGUCUCAAAUUCGCGGUGUCUUUGAUCACGGGGCUCCUCUAGCCCAUUGUUGCCAUUCCCGGAAGUUGGAUUGUUUUCGGGACCAAUUCUUUCUUCCUGGCGUAAAGCGACGACUCUUUUUCACAGAGCGCAUAUUCGCACAUUCCACAAACAGCACAUCCAUCAAUCAGUUGUAACAGCAAUCACAACUGGCCCCGCAGAGGCUCCAUCCGCAUAGAGAUUGGAGUCUUGAUCAACGCUCAACUGUGAUUCGGAAUCAGCUCAUCGGCACAAGAGAAAGGUCAUUCGAUCCACAAGCCGGCACAACCUCAACAAACAACUGGAAAUCGUGUGCACAGGGACAGGACCGUUUUCCGGACGACAUGCAAGACUGUUGAUGGUUGGUAGAUCCACAGAUUUUGGAGAAAUCUGAUGCCGGUAUCAUCAAAUCCAUCUAUUAUCCAUCCACAAGGUAUUUGGGCGAAACAGUCAAUGUUACCGAUACGGAGCGACUAGCCAGCGUGAAGUGGUAGGUAGGCAGGCAGGCAGACAAGCGAGGCGACGGGUGCCGUUCGUUCAGCGGGACUGGACUCGAGGUAGCAGCGUGCUGAGGUACACACACACCCUUGUCUUGCGGCUUAAGUCAGCCACGCCCAGAAGGAGAGAAAGCCUUGACCAACACUAAAAGUCAAAAUCGGGCCCCGUGGAGCAUGGACCAAAACGUAACAUAUCGACGCCCUCAAAAUGCUGCAAUGCCAAACGAAGGCCGCACCAAUCAACAAGGUGACGCGCGCGGCAAGGAUGAUCAGAGAGCUUUUGGCACAGACACAAGCAAAGCUAUGAGCUCGUCGCGCAGAUCUCCGUCCCCGUCGUCGUCUUUUGCUCCUCCUCCCCGACGCCCCGAAUCACGACCACGACCACCUCGCGAGCAGCAGCAACCUCACCCACCACUCCCCCGAGAUAAUCUCGGCAGGGGCCGAUCGAUUGAACGACCCCUAGAGCCCAUCGGCCCCAAGAGUCAGCGUCCUGAGCCAUCAAAUUUAUCGAUACAGGGUUCGGCCGACGGACCGCGUCAGGGACCGCGUCAAAACCGUCGAUCGAGGCAUCGAAGUCGAGAGCGACCACGGCAGUCGAGACACCGAUCACCACCACGGCCGCCGCAGGAGCCUCGGCGAGGCUUUGCACCAGAUUCCAUCUUCGACCGCCCUGCUCGUUCAGGGCAUCUCGAUCAGCCUGACACUGCGAAGGAAAGGGAGAGAGAUCUGCCCCACCGCAACACUGCAGCUCGCGAAUCGUCGCGUCUUGCCUCCUCGCCUGCUUCAACCUCGAAACGCCAAAGAAGUCCUGGACCGCCGGCUGCGGAUCCAGAUCAUUCGGCGAAAAGGUUGCGUCGCGGUCCAAGCCCUCAGGCCGACGAACCCUAUCAUUUUGACAAUCGUCCAGCACCAGACAAGGCAGGACUUGGAAGGGAAGAGCAUCCCCAGCGGCCGUUUUCCCCGGGCCGACCGCGGUCGCGAUCUCCCGGCUACGGUCGCGAGUUUGACCGACGUGAGAAGCGUAAAAAGAAAAAAAAGAAGAAUAAGAACCGUCGCGACCGCUCAAGGUCUCCUAAUCGAGACAGGGACGAGUUUGGAGGUCCGGCUCCCAGUGGCCGUAAACCUUUUCCCCAGCCUGGGAGGGAAUCUGGAGGAAGACGCCGGUCUCGUUCGCCUCUAGUACCCGAUCGCCCGCGAUCUUUCUCCCGUGGCCGAUCACCCCAUUCUCAAUCUCAGGGUGCAGAGCACCCACCAUUCUCGCCAUCCCAACAAGGACCACCCAGGGGCCGAGGGCACAACCCCAGUCGUGACUUUGAAGUACCACCGGAGCGGAGGCAUUACGACGGGCGAGCAACGCCACCACCACCCGAAGUCUCGCGAUCACGCAAAAAGGGCAGAGGCCGUGAAGAGCGGCACUCCCGCAAGUCGCAAGCUCCUCGAGUGUCUGGAGCCAACAGCGUCGAAGUGAACAUGUCGGCGAGGGGGAGCGGCUAUCGCGGCGGCUACGGCCCAAGUGGUGGCUACCAGAUGCAGGCUCCCUACGCUCAAGGGCCUCCCACAGGACCUAGGCGAUUUUCGCACUCGUCGGGACAUGCAACACCCAACAGCUUUCAUGGGACACCACCACCUCAGUCACCAUAUGGUGGGAGCCAAGGCUGGGGUGGGCAACAACAAUAUCAAUCCCCCAGUUAUACGCAUCAAUACCCUCCCAACGGAGGAUAUACGCCUAAUGGUGCUCACAAUCCAGGAAACUUUACUCCAACGGGGCCACAUGGGCAAUAUCAUCAAUCACCAUCAUAUGCUCCGCCGUCAGGCCCCAACUCACAAUAUUCAUACCCACAAGGUCCCGCCCGCGGUGGUCACCGAGGCGGCUUUAGGGGAGGAAACGCCUUCAACCAAGUCGGGCGAGCCGGGUACCGUGGUAACAGUUUUAAGAGUGCAAGUCACAAUGGGAGUGUGCACAGUGGUAGUGUACAUGGAGGCAGUGUUCAUGAAGGCAGUGCCCAUGGAGGUAGCGGCCACGCUAGCCCUGCUGCAGCCUCAAACAAUGGGGAAUCAGCCUCACAGAAGGCUCAUGGACAUCCUAACGAGCACGCCAAGGAUGAUGAAAAUCCCUUCAGGCCGUCUAAAGAUCUGCAGGUCGAGGAUAACAGUCAGUCGGGACAUGUUGAAGACAAUUCACAAUCACAACAAGACCAGCCACAAAUAACAAUGACCCAACCCGAAAGACAACCGCCAAGUGGCCCAUCGAACCCAAAGAUCAAGUUUCAGUUUAAGUCUUCCUCCAAGGUUCCUGCAACAAUACCGAAGCCGGAGAUAUCUUCCAAGUUUAACGCAUUACCGCCGACACAGACGAAAGCUCAGCAGCAGCAGCAGCGCCAAGAAGCUAUCAACAAGGAAAGGAAUCUUCCUCAGGACGUGCCAACAGGGCCAGCGUCUUCAAGAUCACGCCAUGACAGGGGCCCACGGCCACCGCCUGAUGCGCCUAGGCAGCCAUCAAGCCAACAGCCCCAGCCCCGGUUCAGGAUGGUGAAGAAGACGAUGAGACGACCAAUAAGGAAGGAAGGCCUCCCGGUAGAAAUGGCGAACUCGGACUCGGUGUAUUACCGGAAGCCCGGCAACGAAUCAGUCGUUGGUGCCGGGACAUACGGAAAAGUCUUCAAGGCUAUCAACGUCUACACCAACAACCUAGUGGCCUUGAAGAGGAUACGAAUGGAGGGUGAGCGGGAUGGGUUCCCGGUGACGGCUGUCCGCGAGGUCAAGCUGCUGCAAUCACUGAGGCAUAUCAAUAUCGUAAAGUUGCAGGAGGUCAUGGUGGAGAAGAAUGACUGUUUCAUGGUUUUUGAGUACAUGUCGCACGAUCUGACAGGUCUGCUCAACCACCCGAGCUUCAAGCUGGAAGCCGCACAAAAGAAGGACUUGGCACGGCAAUUGUUCGACUCGCUGGACUACCUACACCGGCGAGGAGUCCUACAUCGUGACAUCAAGGCUGCCAACAUCCUGGUGAGCAAUGAUGGUAUUUUGAAGCUGGCUGAUUUCGGUCUUGCACGAUUCUACGCAAAGCACCACCAACUCGACUACACCAACCGCGUCAUCACGAUAUGGUAUCGAUCACCAGAGCUCCUGCUUGGGGAGACGCGGUAUGGUCCUGCGGUUGACAUCUGGUCAGCCGCAUGCGUCAUGGUGGAGAUAUUGACGCAGUAUGCUAUAUUCCCUGGUGAAGGGGGCGAGAUCAGCCAGCUGGAUAAGAUAUGGGCGGUUCUGGGGACGCCGAGCCGAUCGGAGUGGCCGGGGCUCCUAGAGAUGCCCUGGUUUGAGCUAUUGCGGCCGGCCUUCAAGAGGCCCAACAACUUUGCCAAACUGUAUCAGCACCGCGUGACACCCGCUGCAUUUGACCUUCUCGAGGCCAUGUUUCGCUUCGAUCCGGCCAAGAGACCUUCUGCUGCCGAAAUCUUGGAACAUCCUUAUUUCACAGAGGAGGAGCCGGCUCCAAGACAGGCUGUUGAGCUGGCCACUAUCGAAGGCGAUUGGCACGAGUUUGAAUCGAAACAGCUGCGGCGCAAGAACGAGGCCAAGGAAAAGGAGGCACGACGGGCUGCUCGUGCCGAAAAGGAGAAGGAAGCGACCGGGGCUGGCGCAUCUGACAAGAAGAGGCCGCACGAUCAAACGGCUGUGGCGUCAGAGCAGAGCCAGCCGGACGCCAAGAGGCAGAACGUAGACGGUAGGCCGCCGGCGCAGGAGAAAGCUGGCGAUGCAGGGUAGAAGCUGGUUCGUGUUGAGUUGAAGAAACGAGGGGUCUCGGUGGAACUCAAGGAAACGAGAAGAAUUCGCCUGGGGUAGAUGCCAACGAUGGUGUUGUUGUUUUUUGGAACAUGCAUAAGACACGGCGCAGUUACCGGGGAUCAUAAUAGCGAGCGGGGGUGGGCUUGGGAGUUGUUUUUUUAAAUGACCAGGGUAAUGUUGCUUCAGCUACCCUAUAUGUGUGAGGAUAGGAUUCUUGCUACAUAAUUUGCCUGGCCAUGUGACAGGGCGUUGCGAUGGGAUGCAUAGGUAUUUAUGUUACGUCCUGUACGACGGGGAGGGAUUACGAG